UUGACAUGUUUCAAAAGUUUUUCAGUUUUCAUCAUUCCGUUAAAUGCCUUAAAUGUUGUCAGUCAGAGCAAAUCGAUGGUUUGAGUACGAGCAUUUUGGGUGGACGUACGUGUUCUGUAAUUUGUUGGUUUUGUGAAGUGAAAAUUCCAGACUAAUAAAAACCACAUUCUCAUUCAAAACUUAUUUAUAAUCAAUGGCCACAAUAGAUGGAAGACCAGCACAAUAUGGCAUUACUCUUAAGCAAUUACGUGAGGUUAUGGAACAUCGAGGACGUGAAGGCGUAGCAAAGAUAAUAGAGUUUGGUGGUGUUGGAGAACUAUGCAGAAAGCUUUAUACAUCACCGAACGAUGGACUAAGUGGGUCAAGAUCUGACAUCGAUCAUAGACGUGAAACAUUUGGGUCAAAUGUUAUACCACCGAAACCACCGAAAACGUUUUUAACAUUAGUUUGGGAAGCUUUGCAAGAUGUCACCCUUAUUAUAUUAGAAGUAGCUGCUCUAGUAUCACUUGGUUUAUCAUUUUAUAAACCCGCCGAUGAAGAUGCACCUGUAUUACAAGAAGAAGAUGAGCAUCAUGGCUGGAUAGAAGGAUUAGCUAUACUUAUAUCAGUUAUUGUCGUUGUGUUCGUGACUGCGUUUAACGAUUAUUCCAAAGAACGACAAUUUCGUGGUCUUCAAAGUCGAAUUGAAGGAGAACAUAAAUUUUCAGUAAUACGAAGUGGAGAAGUAUGCCAAAUAUCUGUUGGUGAUAUUGUUGUUGGAGAUAUAGCGCAAAUUAAAUAUGGCGAUCUUCUACCAGCAGAUGGGUGCCUAAUUCAGAGUAAUGAUUUAAAGGUGGAUGAAUCUUCUUUAACUGGCGAAUCUGAUCAUGUUAAAAAAGGUGUUGAUAUUGAUCCUAUGGUACUGUCAGGAACUCAUGUUAUGGAAGGUAGUGGAAAAAUGAUUGUUACAGCAGUUGGCGUCAAUUCCCAAGCUGGCAUAAUUUUUACUUUGCUGGGGGCAGCAGUGGAUGAACAAGAGGCUGAAAUAAAAAAAAUGAAAAAAGAAGCUAAAAAGGCGAAAAAGAGCAAAAGCUUAACAGGCGGUGAGGAUGGUCGUGCACCGGUUAAAAAUAUGGACAUCGAUUCAUUACCACCAAGUGAUGGCCUUAAAUCUGAUUCCGACGGAAAUCAUAUUCAACAAACUAGUUCAGCAGUUGAAUCCAGCCACAAGAAGGAAAAAUCUGUUCUUCAAGCAAAACUUACGAAACUUGCCAUACAAAUUGGUUAUGCGGGGUCAACUAUUGCAGUGCUAACAGUUAUUAUUUUAAUUAUUCAGUUCUGUAUAAAAACAUUUGUUAUUGAAGAAAAACCGUGGAAAAAUAUAUACGCUAAUAAUUUGGUAAAGCAUUUAAUUAUUGGUGUAACAGUUUUAGUUGUUGCUGUACCUGAAGGACUGCCUUUAGCAGUUACAUUAUCCUUAGCAUACUCAGUAAAGAAAAUGAUGAAGGAUAACAAUUUAGUUCGACAUUUAGAUGCUUGUGAAACUAUGGGCAAUGCCACUGCCAUUUGUUCAGAUAAGACUGGCACAUUAACAACCAAUCGUAUGACUGUUGUGCAAUCGUAUAUAUGUGAAAAACUUUGUAAAGUUUUACCAACGUUGAAUGAUAUACCACAAAAUGUGGGUAAUUUAAUAACAACGGGUAUAUCAGUAAAUUCUGCGUAUACAUCAAAUAUACUGCCAGGCGUUAACCCUGGUGAUUUACCAAAUCAAGUUGGCAAUAAAACGGAAUGUGCACUUUUGGGUUUCGUUCAAGGAUUAGGAGUAAAAUACCAAUCAAUUCGAGAUGAAAUUACUGAGGAUAAAUUUACAAGAGUUUAUACAUUCAAUUCAGUGCGAAAAAGUAUGGGGACAGUUAUACCCAGAUCAAAUGGUGGCUAUAGACUUUUUUCAAAGGGUGCUUCUGAAAUUAUGCUAAAAAAGUGUGCUUUUAUUUAUGGCCAUGACGGUACAUUAGAAAAAUUUACACGUGAUAUGCAAGAACGUCUAAUCCGUGAAGUCAUUGAACCGAUGGCUUGCGAUGGGUUACGAACGAUAUCCGUCGCAUAUCGUGAUUUUGUUCCAGGAAAGGCAGCAAUCAAUGAAGUGCAUAUAGAUAAUGAGCCAAAUUGGGAUGAUGAGGAAAAUAUAAUGACCAAUUUGACAUGUUUAUGUGUAGUGGGUAUUGAAGAUCCUGUCCGUCCAGAAGUGCCAGAUGCUAUACGCAAAUGUCAACGGGCUGGCAUCACUGUUCGAAUGGUAACGGGUGAUAAUAUUAACACAGCGCGAUCUAUUGCUAGUAAAUGUGGAAUAUUGAGACCAAAUGAUGAUUUUCUUAUACUAGAAGGAAAAGAAUUUAAUCGUCGCAUACGUGAUACUAAUGGAGAUAUUCAACAACAUCUUAUAGAUAAAGUAUGGCCAAAACUUCGCGUUUUAGCUCGCUCAUCACCUACUGAUAAAUAUACCUUAGUAAAAGGAAUCAUUGAUAGUACAGUAAGUGAUAACCGUGAAGUUGUUGCUGUAACUGGUGAUGGCACAAAUGAUGGACCUGCUUUAAAAAAAGCUGAUGUUGGUUUUGCAAUGGGUAUUGCUGGAACUGAUGUAGCCAAAGAAGCUUCAGAUAUUAUUUUGACGGACGAUAAUUUCAGUAGCAUAGUUAAAGCAGUCAUGUGGGGACGCAACGUAUACGACUCAAUUGCAAAGUUUUUACAAUUUCAGUUAACAGUUAAUGUUGUUGCUGUGAUUGUUGCAUUUAUCGGAGCUUGUGCUGUACAGGAUUCUCCACUUAAAGCAGUACAAAUGCUCUGGGUUAAUUUAAUAAUGGAUACACUUGCGUCCUUAGCUUUAGCAACUGAACUUCCAACACCAGAUUUAUUGUUACGUAAACCAUAUGGACGAACAAAACCUCUUAUUUCUCGUACAAUGAUGAAGAACAUUUUAGGACAGGCUCUAUAUCAAUUAUUUAUUAUAUUUGGAUUGCUUUUUGUUGGAGACUGGAUUCUAGAUAUUGAAUCUGGUCGUGGACAAGAUCUUGGAGCUGGACCAACGCAGCACUUUACAAUUAUUUUUAAUACCUUUGUUAUGAUGACAUUAUUUAAUGAAAUUAAUGCCCGAAAGAUUCAUGGUCAACGUAAUGUUAUAGAAGGACUUUUUACAAAUCCAAUUUUUUACACUAUUUGGAUAUUUACUAUGAUUUCACAGGUUAUAAUAAUUCAAUAUGGAAAAAUGGCUUUUUCCACAAAAGCUUUAUCGCUUGAUCAAUGGUUAUGGUGCAUAUUUUUUGGUAUUGGUACCUUAGUAUGGGGACAAUUAAUCACUUCAGUGCCCACGAGAAAACUACCAAAAAUUUUAUCUUGGGGUCGCGGUCAUCCAGAUGAGUACACUGAUGCAAUGAACUUAGGUGAAGAACGUUUCGAUUCCAUUGAUUCCGAUAAGAAACCACGUGCAGGACAAAUUUUAUGGAUUCGUGGAUUAACUCGUCUUCAAACUCAAAUUUCAGUACCGUUACGUGUUAUUCGUGCUUUCCGUUCUACAUUGGAAGAUUUAAAUGAACGGCGCUCUAUGCACAGUUUGCACAGCUUGCGUAGUCCUCGUACAGGCAAUAUACAAGGUUUUCCCUCAAUAUACAAUGCUAAUUUACUAAGUCCAAACUAUGUGCAACAAGUUCAACAACAACAGCAACAACAACAAAUGCGUCUCCAAAUGCCACGAAAUACUGACAGUGCUUUACUAACAGACUUAAAGUAUAUUGAUGAGGACUCAUUUCAGCAGCAUAAUGGAAGACAACUACCAGCAACAGUUUCUAACGCUGCUCAAAAGUCGCAACAAGAACUAAAUGAACAGACACAAAAUGAAACAAGAAUAUAAAUAUUAAUUCUUGUUCGAAUAAUGCUUAUUACUUAUUAUUUUUUUACUAUUCUCUCAGCGAAAUA